AGUUGGCGCAUGCUCGAGGCUUCGAGUGGGGUCUUCGUUCACGGUGACAGAUUCCUGUCCACUUCACCGGUGAGCACCAGCUGUCCCCAGUCAUGUCCACUAUCCAGCUACUGAGAGCCUUCGUCAACCAGAGACUGACGGUGGCCGUGGAGGAGAUCAUCGGCCUGUUCGAGAGAACCAUCACUGAGUACGAGGAGGAGAUCGACCGCCAGCGCAGGCUGCUGGGAGCCGAGGGGCGGCAGUAUGAGCCCGGCAUCAGGGCGGCCAUAGACCACCAGACAGGUGUGUCUCAGGAUGUCCAGCCACUGAUUGUCAAUGCAAAGAUUCCUGCGAAGCGGCAGGAGCUGAGCCCCCGUCUGGACCAGGAGGCCCCGCAGCCCCUACGCAUUAAAGAGGAACCAGGGGAUGUGUGGACUGGUCAGGAGGGAGGGCUGGAGGGGACUGAUGUCCCAGAGUUCCAGUUUCCUCCUGUCUCUGUGAAGAGUGAACAUGAUGAAGAGACUCCUCAGUCCUCAGAGCUUCAACAAAGCCGAGCCAAGGAAAGCACAUAUGGUACGGCCUCCAGUCCAGCUCAACAGACGGAACCUGGAGCGGCUGGAGAGGACCGUGGAGAACCAGACCGAACCCUUGACAUGGACGUAGCUAGAUUUUUAAAAGCAACCAGUAACGGUCAGUUUUUCCUUUCUCAUUGUUUUAAAGCUGACCCUGAAGUCCUGGAUGAUGACUGGAACCAGAUGAUCAAAUCGCAGCCGUUUUCAGACACACUGACAGACAGUGAGGCCGCGUCUCACAAGAGAUCUCAGAAAAAACUGUAUAAAUGUCCAAUGUGCAGCAAAACCUUCCAGCACAACACAGCUCUGCAGAGACACAUCACCUGCCACACAGGGGAGAGGCCGUUCGACUGUGCUGAGUGUGGUAAGACCUUCAGACAGAAGGGAAGUCUGCACAUUCACAUGAGGAAACACACAGGAGAGAAACCUUUUAGUUGUUUAGUUUGUGGUAAAAACUUCACCCAGAGUGGAACCUUAGCUGCACACAUGAGGAUCCACACCGGAGAGAAGCCGUUCAGCUGCUCAGUGUGCAAGAAAAGGUACAAUGAAAGAGGGACACUGGUCAGACACAUGAGGGUCCACACUGGAGAGAAACCCUUCACCUGCUCACUGUGUGGGAAAAGGUUCAGUGAGAAAGGAAAUCUGAACAAACACAAGAGAAUCCACACAGGAGAAAAACCGUUCAGCUGCAGUCUGUGUGAGAAAAAGUUUAGUUUGUUCUCACACCUCAAGAACCACAAGUGUCCUGGAAAGAAAAGCAGUGAAGCUGCAGAGCUGCAACCUCAGCUGCAGUGUCCAAAUGUCACAGAGCAGAAACAUUGAAUGAUGUAAAGUUCAGUCACAACUGGAGAAAUGGAAAAGAUCUGCUCCUUUUCCAUCCAAUCAUCUGUCUUCACUGGUCAAGAAA